GGGCCCGUCCCGGCGCUAGGACCAUGCGGGGUGUAGCCCGGCGCUAGGACUCCGGCGCUCGGGGCCAGGCGCUAGGACCCCGCGGGGCUCAUCCCGGCACUAGGACCCGGGGGUGCUCGGGGCCCGGCGCUAGGACCCCGCGGGGCCCGUCCCGGCGCUAGGACCCGGCGCCGCCCCGCCCGCCCGCCGCGGCGAUGCUGCUCUCGGUGCCGCCGCGCCCCGCGCCGCCCGCCUGCGCCUACGGCAAAGGCGCCAAGAAGCCCUAUGUGGCACCAGCGCAGCCCCUGGGCCCCCCCAGCCCUGCAGGGGGGGGCACGGAUCAGCUCAGCAAAACCAACCUCUACAUCCGGGGGUUGCACCCUGGCACCACUGAUCAGGACCUCGUCAAGCUCUGUCAACCCUACGGGAAAAUCGUCUCUACCAAAGCCAUCCUGGACAAGACAACCAACAAGUGCAAAGGCUAUGGGUUUGUGGACUUCGACAGCCCCACAGCGGCGCAGAAGGCGGUGACGGCGCUGAAGGCCAGCGGGGUGCAAGCGCAGAUGGCCAAGCAGCAGGAGCAGGAUCCCACCAACCUGUACAUCUCGAACCUGCCGCUGGCCGUGGACGAACAGGAGCUGGAGGCGCUGCUCAAACCUUUCGGGCAGGUGGUCUCGACCCGCAUCCUGCGGGACCCCCACGGUGCCAGUCGCGGAGUGGGCUUUGCACGGAUGGAAUCCACAGAGAAGUGUGAGGCCGUCAUCACUCACUUCAACGGGAAGUACAUCAAGAUGCCCCCGGGGGUGCCAGCCCCCCCAGACCCACUGCUCUGCAAGUUCGCGGACGGGGGCCAAAAGAAGCGGCAGAGCCAGGGCAAGUUUGUGCCCAAUGGGAGAGCCUGGGCUCGGGACAGCGAUGGGGGCACCGUGACCUUGGCGUAUGACCCCGCAACGGCACUCCAGAACGGGUUCUACCCAGCGCCGUACGGGCUGGCACCCAGCCGGAUGCUCGCACCCGCUGCGCUGGGACCCUACCUGCCUUCACCCGUCUCGUCCUAUCAGGUCCAUGGCCCCGCCUGGAUGCACCAGUCCUACCUCGUGCAGCCCCCGGGCACGGUGCUGGCCCCCCCCGUGGACCCCGCUGUCCCCCUGCAGCCCCCGGUCAUGGCCCCCCUGGCCCAGCAGCUCGGCCACCUCUCAUUGGGUGGCGCUGGCGCGUUCGUGCCAGCUGCCGCAGUGCCCGGAGCCUUCAUCCCACCGUACCCCCCCGCGCUCCCACUGGAGGACGGCAGCACCGCAGCGAGUCACGGCCCCGUGGAGUCGCCCCCCGAACCCGGCGCCUUCCCGUACCCCUAUCCCAAGUAGCGGUGGUGGGGCCGGCCCGAGGGGCCCCCCCUGCACCUCCAGCUGGUUGGGGGGGGGGCGGAAAUCUGCGCUGGGACCCCCGCCCGGUGCUGCCCCCCCCCUCACCUCACGCUGCUGCCGCCACUGCAAGGACCCAC